GAGGGAAUUUAUUUGUAUGAAACACCGUAUUUCAUGUGACUUCGUUAAAGUUUACAAAAUUGAUGAGAAAAAUAAGCUACGUUCAUUCAAAGUACAGCUCGCAGUCUGUUUGUGGAAGCGCAUUGAGCUAUUUAGCAUCUAGCUUACGAUGUCGCGUUUAUUGUAGUAGCGUUUACUGUUGGUCAGGUGGUGCGGUUCUGUUUGGGUCCGACUGGGCUCAUUUGUAAAUAUGGAGCAGACUGCUAGCGUCAACGCAGAUCCUGUUCAACACUCUGACAUUAAUGGUCGUGGCACACAAUGGCGGAACUGGGCUGGAUUUUGGCUCCUCGGACUGUGCAACAACUUUGCCUAUGUGGUAAUGCUGAGCGCUGCUCAUGACAUCCUCAAAAAACAAGAGUCGGAAAAUGCCACAGCACCCACACCAGACACAUUGGCUUUGGAUUUCCAAGGUGGGAACAGUAGCAACAGUAGCCGUUAUGACUGCAAUCCUGUCUCUGCUGCGGCUGUGCUGUUAGCUGACAUCCUCCCAACGCUUGUCAUCAAGCUGUUUGCUCCUUUUGUAAUCCACAAACUACCUUAUGGUAUCCGAGUGUUGUUCUGUGCCAUCAUGGCGACAACAAGUUUCAUCCUUGUGUCUUUAUCUUCAGCGGUCUGGAUCAGCAUUCUUGGAGUGAUCUUUGCCAGUAUCAGCUCAGGACUGGGAGAACUGUCCUUUCUUUCUCUCACGGUCUUCUUCACUAGGGAUGUACUAGGAGGUUGGGGCUCAGGUACUGGUGGCGCUGGUGUUGCUGGAGCCUUCCUCUAUUCAGGCCUCACCCAAGCUGGCCUGUCACCCCAAAUUACACUUCUCAUUAUGCUGGUGGUCCCAUUUGCUAUGUUGAUUAGCUAUUUCUUCCUGCUGGUUCCUCCACCUUCCUUACCUCAGUGGAAGAGCAUGGAGACAGAAUAUACAGCUGUGGGCUCAGAGGAGAGACAGGGGCUGAUGGAUGGUUCAGAAGAAGAGGGGCUGGAGAAAUCAACCCCAGAGGACAGAAGCACUGGACCUCUCACAUUCAUAGAGAAACUACAUGUCAUCAAAGGCUUGCUGAAGUUUGUGUUUCCCCUCGGACUGGUCUACUUUGCUGAGUACUUCAUCAACCAGGGGUUGAUGGAACUCCUGUAUUUCCCAAACUUUUUCCUGUCCCAUGCAGAGCAGUAUCGCUGGUACCAGACACUGUACCAGUUUGGUGUGUUGGUGUCUCGAUCCUCCCUGUGCUGUGUGAAGAUCAGGAAACUGUGGGCUCUCUCUUUGCUACAGGUGGUGAAUGCAGCUUUGCUUCUAUCUGCAGUGCGUUACCAGUUCCUGCCUAGUGCCUGGCUGGUGUUGGCUAUUGUCCUCUAUGAGGGUCUACUGGGUGGAGCUGCGUAUGUCAACACCUUCUACUUCAUCAGCAAGGAGACUGAAGACCGACAGAGAGAGUUUGCCAUGGCUGCUGCCAGUGUAGGGGACAGUCUGGGCAUAGCUCUGGCUGGACUUGCUGCUUUCCCUGUCCACAGAUACUUCUGUUACCUGUGACCCAGCCCACACACUGACCAGCAGGAUUUCUCAACAAGAUGUGGGUGCGCUCCAUUUAAGGUUUUUUUUUUUUUUUAGGUGAAAUGAAAAAUGCUGACGUUACUCCAACAUAAUACUGACUCAACGAAAAGUAAUGCAGAGUCCUUGUUGUGGCCCACCGGUCCACCAGCCCACAGAGGUUUUUCCCAGUAUGCCCGAUGGUUCUGUUAAAUUUCAUUGUUAAUGAUAAAACAUUGCUCUAAGCAGCAGAUAGGUCUAUGGGACGCUUCAAUAAUGCCAAUCACAGCAGCUCCUCUCAGAAAUAACAGACAGCUUAAUGAGCCGAGACUUUAACAGGAAACUUUCAGUUCCCUGAAUAUUAGCUUACCUCACCCCAUGAACACGGCAUGCCGCAUUCAUCAUACAGCAUCCCACAUCUGCUACCAGGGGCAGGGUAAAAUAUCUGUUUCAGGAAACACUGAAAGUCCUGUCAGUGCAUGAGUGUGCACACUUUUAGUAAACAGUCAUACCUGUGGGCUACACAUUGUAGAGCCAAGAUGUGCUUCUGUUUGUUAAAUUCAUUUGUAACGCAGCUGCAUUUGUUUGCAUUUUCAUGCUGCGCCCAAUACUGCCACUACUGUAAAUACUGUGUGCAUAAGUCUUGAGAUCUUUGAUAGAGUUCAGGAAGCACUAUGAGGACAGCCACUAUGCUCCAAAUGAUCUGAAUGGAUCCACGUUAAAUGUGAAUGGAACAGCUCACCGGUGUGUAGAAAAUGCACAGAGGGUCAAGUUAAGUACCAUUAAAUCCUGCAUGGAGUCGUUUUGAAUAUGUAGUCAGUCAAGGAUAAAGGCAGGCAAAAUUUAAAAAUGUGGGUACAUUACAGAUACCUGUUACUGUAGUAUGACUGAGGCGUUCAAUGUAGGAAAUAAAGCACUUAAUACAUUCUACAAACAGUACUGGAAGACAGUAUCGGUAACACUCAGUCUCUAAUUUAGCCCAGCACAGACUACAGUUGUAUUUUGAAGGAAACUUUGAUGGAAAGUAUUCAGAAAGAAAGAAAAAAGAAGCAAAGAAGAAGAAAACAUAGGAAACCAAGCCUAAUCGAGCUUUUCUUUUCUGGUUUGAGGCAUUCACAUUGACUUAAACUUGUGUACAGUUUACUGGGACUGUUGGAAGCCAGUCACAUCAACAGUUACUGUCAUAUUGCUGAGUGUCCGCUGGACAAUACAAAAAGUCCCAGUAAAAUGUGGAAGAGAGGACGAUGUCGCCUUUAACAUGGUGAAGCUCGUGUUUAGCAAACUGGCAAAUGAAAAGCUCUUUUGGAAAGAUAAGGAGCCAAUCUGCUACUGGCUCAAAGUAAAGUAAAAGGCUCUCGACUCAACUAAUUUUAAAUAUGUAGGAAUCAAUUCUUUGGACUAUUUGGGGCAGCAGAGAUCAGGACGUAAAAACAACACUCACAUGUUGUCACCUUACAAAGUUGACAUGUUGAGACCAAAGGGAGAAAAUGGCAAAUGCCUUUUGCUUGUAAUUAAGCAACAAUGUUCCAGCUUUAAAUUCAAUUAAAUUGAACGACUUCUUACGGUUUAACAUGAAUUUCUUCUAACUAUGUUGACUCCUGGUUCAUAUAGUAUCUAGUCGUCAUGGUAUUGAAUACUCAAUAGCUUUAAUCAACUGGGCUGAUGUAUGGAUGCACUUUGGAUCAAAUGGCAUCGUCUGAAUAUUUAACUAUGUUUCACAGCUGAUUUAAUUCUAAAGAAAGAAAGAACACUAGUUCCCACAUUGGACUCUUGACAGCUCUGAAGUUCCUUGAACUAAAAUGUUUCUGAAUGACAGGACAAAAAUCAUAAAAAUAUAAAUCUUCUCAUUUUCAAAAAUUACACCUACUCUAUCUUUGUGCUAUUGCUAAUGCUAAUUAUAUGAAACUUGAAGUCAGUGAAAAGGUGUAAUAGCAAAAGAUCCACAACAAUAGGAACAUGUUUUAGGUAUGCCUGUUAUGACUGUUAACAUCACCAGGGCAUUUUGCCUUAGUUGUGCACUAUUUUGCUCAUGUUUUGCUCAAGUUUUUCCCCUUUUUUUGCAACAUAAAUCUCAGUUUUCGUGCUUUCUCAAAGUAUUGCAGGUAAACUUGGUUUAAAAUUUGAUUUACUAAUAGUAGUAAUUAUUACGAUAAUAAUCAAGUAAGAGCCAGCGCAGUUUUCGUGUCCUGAUAUACUUUGUCCAUAUACACAUCAUUUUCUCAAACAUUGUGCACAUUCCUACUGAAAUUUUUAACCACCGACAUUUUAUAUGUUCCAGCUGCUAUUGAAUCGUCAGAACUUUUACAAUUUGAUGAUACUGUUAUGAGCAUGUGCUAUUUUGAACAGAUUUUUACAUAAUUUAAAUAUUUUGAGGUUUACUGUUGAUUUAACUACAUUAGCUAUUAUUGCAUAAUUGAUUUUUUUUUUUUUUAAGGCACAGACAAAGCAUUAAAAUGAAUAUCAUUG